AUGGUUUGGGGUUUGGAGUUCUGGAGGUAUUGGGGGGUGUAUGGUGAAGGUGAUGGUGGAGGUGGAGGUGGAGGUGAAGGUGGAGGUGGAGGUGAAGGUGGAGGUGGAGGUGAAGGUGGAGGUGGAGGUGAAGGUGGAGGUGGAGGUGAAGGUGGAGGUGGAGGUGAAGAAGUAUGUGGAUUGAAUGAUGGAUAA